AUGAACCAACCUGGUAUGUUGCCGGCUAACAUUAGCGUAUCCAACAAACCAAAUGUGCAUACCAAACGAAUUGUAAUACCGACGGAAGAUGCAAAUGGACUAUACACUUUGUACGUUUCCAAAGCUGAUUCAGAUUCAUCUUCAGAUGAUAUUGUCAGCUACUUAAUGGAAAAAGCCAACCUAAACCCGGAUAUAUUCAAGGUUUUUGCACUGCCCAGCAAAAGAAAAUACCGCAAAACCUACAAUGCUUUCAAAAUAACCGUAUUCACACGGGAGGUAUGUGAAUUGCUAUGCAACUCCGAUAUCUGGUCAAGUGAAUAUCGUGUUAGAGCUUUUGAAAAAACACGUAAUCGAAGUAAUGUUCAUGGGCGAAAACACAAUGACUACCGUCGUACAACAGCCAAGUCAACUUCAAACUCACGACAUUCCAAUAGAUUCAACAACAACAGUAACAAACAUCACACCAGACACAACCGGAACAAUAACAACAACAACAAUCAGCGUCGGGACAUGAAUAACCAACACAGACGCCGACGUGAGGAUCGAUCGAAUGAAUUUGGCUACCAUAAUCGAAAUCGUAAUAACCACAACGGUCGAUAUAAUUAUGAACCUCGCCAUCGUGUAGAUCACAUGCACAAUGGACAAUUGCCACAGACCAAUAUGCCGCCUCCUUUUUGGUACCAAACGCCAUAUUUCUACCCUCCACCUCAGCAACAGGUUCAUUCUCAGCCAACUAUGCCACUAUUCCAUCCGCACUAUACACACGCACCACAGCAAAACUUCCAACCGUUCAACGCUCAAAAUCACAAUGGAAUGUAA